CUGCGUCUCGCGCCCCGCGCUCAUCCCCUAGGGGCCCCUGCAACCUCUCCGCGCGAAGACGGCUCCAGCUCUGCAGGGAAAGAAAAGUAACUUCGCUUUUCUCGGAGGAACCAGGAAGGAUUAAGCGGCCUGGGAGAGGGCAGGAGCUCGCAGAGGGUGGAAGGACUGUGGAGUGAGACGCGCUCGGGCAAAGACUAUGUAAUCGCCUUGGUGCCUGUACAGAGGACUGAGCUUCGGGGAGGGAAGAGGAGGGAUCGGCUUGCUCCUCGGCGACUCGGCAGGCGGAGUUUCGCAGCGGCGGCACCAGGGUUGUGCCCGCCCGCGGGGAGGUCGCUCCAUCCAGCCCCGGCGGCCGCGAGAGUCCGAGCGCCGGACCGCGGUAGUCGGCGGGGGUGAGAGAGAGCGAGAUCGAGCUCUAGGGCGCGAGGGAGCGGGCCGGGGGUCCGGGAGGAGGCGAGCAGCGGCCACGAGCGAGCCGAGCGCGCCCCCCGCCCGCCCCAGCGGCGCCGUGCCGGGCGGCGUCCGGGCGGCAUGGAGAAGGACGGCCUGAGCCGUGCCGACCAGCAGUACGAAUGCGUGGCGGAGAUCGGGGAGGGCGCCUAUGGGAAGGUGUUCAAGGCCCGGGACCUGAAGAACGGAGGCCGUUUCGUGGCGCUGAAGCGCGUGCGAGUGCAGACCGGCGAGGAGGGCAUGCCGCUCUCUACCAUCCGCGAGGUGGCGGUGCUGAGGCACCUGGAGACCUUCGAGCACCCCAACGUGGUCAGGUUGUUUGAUGUGUGCACAGUGUCACGAACAGACAGAGAAACCAAACUAACAUUAGUGUUUGAACAUGUUGAUCAAGACUUGACCACUUAUUUGGAUAAAGUUCCAGAGCCUGGAGUGCCCACUGAAACCAUAAAGGAUAUGAUGUUUCAGCUUCUCCGGGGUCUGGACUUUCUUCAUUCUCACCGAGUGGUACAUCGUGAUCUAAAACCACAGAACAUUCUGGUGACCAGCAGUGGACAAAUAAAACUGGCUGACUUCGGCCUUGCCCGCAUCUACAGUUUUCAGAUGGCUCUUACCUCAGUGGUCGUCACGCUGUGGUACAGAGCUCCAGAAGUCUUGCUUCAGUCCAGCUACGCCACCCCUGUGGACCUCUGGAGUGUUGGUUGCAUAUUUGCAGAAAUGUUUCGUAGAAAGCCGCUUUUUCGUGGAAGUUCAGAUGUCGAUCAGCUAGGAAAAAUCUUGGAUGUAAUUGGACUCCCGGGAGAAGAGGACUGGCCUAGAGAUGUUGCCCUCCCCAGGCAGGCUUUUCACUCAAAAUCUCCUCAACCAAUUGAGAAGUUUGUAACAGAUAUUGAUGAACAAGGCAAAGACCUACUUCUGAAGUGCUUGACAUUUAAUCCAGCCAAAAGAAUAUCGGCCUACAGUGCCCUGUCUCACCCAUACUUCCAGGACCUGGAGAGGUGCAAGGAAAACCUGGAUGCCCACCUGCCGCCCAGCCAGAACAGCUCAGAAAUGAAUACAGCCUGAGCUGCCUUGAGCUGAUCAUCCGGAGAACCUCCUUGGUAGCUGAUGGGUCCCCUGAGUAAGCCCUGCAGAGCUGCUGAGGAUCACUGGCUGGAGACCUUCUAGCUGCCAUCUUCUGGAUGGGCUCUGCUUCUCUGAGGAAACAGCCUCGUUUACUGUUUUGAAAUCAAUGCAAGAGUGAUUGCAGCUUUAUGUUCAUUCGUUUGUUUGUUUGUCUGUUUGUUUUAAGAACCUGGAAAAAUUCCAGAAGAGAAGCUGCUGACCAAUUGUGCUGCCAUUUCAUUUUUCUGAUCUUGAAUGCUGCCAGUGUGAAGUGAGCAAUCCAGACACAGCUGAGUUAUGAUGUAAUCUCUCUGCAGGUGCUGGAGCCUGAUUUGGUACUUUUGAGUGAGUGUGUGUGCGUGUGCAUGUGUGUGCGUGUGUGUGUGUGUGUGUGUGUGUGUGAUUCUUGAUCUCUUAAAAAGUGUUACUUUCUGUAAACAACAAGAAUAAUGGAAUUUUAAAGGCUCAAAGUGACCGCUAAAUAACAGGUGUCUGUUGACUAAAGGUGAUUCACCAAAAUGGGCUUCUCAGAUUUAAAGUUGAGCCUAUGUCCUUAGCAUUUCUUUUCUGGCCCAAAGCAGUAAAUUUGCUAAUAGUAAAAGGUCCACUAUCUAGGUGAAGUUUUAUACACACAGCAAAAAGAAAAAAAAAAAUUCUACUAUCUUUUAAGAAACCUGUUUUUUGAAGCACAAAUUCUAUUUACUUUUCAAAAAGCUCAUUUACUCCUUGUAAUUUUAACCUGUAUAAUGUGCUUUAUUGUUUCUUUUGAAAAAUACCUAUAAGCUUUUUCUUAACUUGCUAUAGAUUUAGGGAGUGUACCUCAACUAGGUAAAAUCGUCAAAAAAUAAUAGAGAAAGCCUUUAUUUCCUGGUUUGGAAUUUAUUUUCUUUGUGGGUUUUGUUGUUAUUUUGUUUUGGUUUUGAUUUUAGGAAUUUGUCAGAAACUGUUUCCUGUUUGGGUUUGGAGGAUAGUUCUCUCUGACUAGAGACAGGAAUGGCAUUUAAGUUUUCCCCCACCUAUUACACUGUACUUUUUCUACCGUGCACUGCCUCAUUUGCAAAGUAUCCAUCUUAUCUAUCCGCCAGCGCAUCUAGUAUGUAUUACUACCCUUACAUAAUUAAUAACAGAUUGCUUAAGCUGUUCUCAUGCACCUCCUACUUUCUUUCUUUCAAUGAACCUUUCAUAAAUAGUUUGAUUCAGAUUUAUGGUUUAUGGCUCCAAUUCCACAAUCCUAACAGAGUCCCAUAUGUUCUCCCUCUACUGCAAUCUUCCUGCCUGGCAUUUGGCAUUCACGGUUGUUACCUAGGCAAUGAGUAGAAGACUGGUUCUUCUCAAUCACCAGCAAGUAGACUGCUUUAAAGUGUAACUUAGUGUUUUACAGCUUUAUAGAAUAUAUUGUCAGUGUAGUAUCUGAGGGAAUGUCCUUAACUAUUUUUUAGAAAUAUAUAUUUACUCUAUAAAAUUACCUAUUCUCCGUCGCCAGGCUGUGCUUGUUUCUAGUGCCUUAUGCACAUGCCCGCUCUCUGCAGAGCCAGCCUGACCUGGGCAUUGUGAACAGCUUUACUUUUCCUCUUGCCAUUUUCUCUACAGUACUUUAUAUUCCAUACCAUCUCUGCCUUCUGUGUGGUUAGUGCUCAGUCGGCUCUAGUAACCAGAAGACACAGAGAUGAAGUAUCUUUUGGUAAGUUUAGCUAAUCUCGCUUCCUGAUUCAUGUUUUACGAGCAUGCAACAGUUAGACUGUGUUUAGAGUUAGGGUUUUCAAAGAAUGGACAUUGCUUCCCUCAGAAGAAAAUGUGCCAGAUGAUGUUUAUGCAUAAUCAGGCCUUUCUGAGUUCUCCACAGCUUAAUAUUGUAUACAACUAUCUUUAUAUAUAUAUAUAUAUAUAUAUAUAUAUAUAUAUAUAUAUAUAUAUAUAUAUAUAGUUUAACAUUGUUCUAAUUCAGUAACUUCAAGAGCAGGAAAAUUUUUCUAAAGCAAGAUGUGAUGAGAAGAUGGGCCAUAAGAAUGUUUUGUACUUUCUUCCUUGUGACCACAUCGAUUAUGUUUUGUCAUCUCUGUAAAUGCUUGAGAUAUAAUGAAUCCAGAGCAUUCAGGUCAAGCGUACUUGCGGUCCCCCUGGAUAAAUGAGUUCUGCCUUUCCUUCGAUCGGGGGUCAGAACACAAAGACCAGGGGCCUAGAAGUUGAAUUUUAAAACUCACUGAACUAAUCCAUCAUGAGCUUUUCAGUUAGUAUCCAUGGUUAGAGUGAACAUAACUUGGGUUUUUGCUUUUGCAAAAGUUUUUCAUAAGUUCACUCAAGAAAAAUGCAGCUGUUCUAAACUGGAAUUUUUCAGCAUUCUUCAGCAUUUUAAACAUGUAGAGAGUUCAACUUUUAUUUCUAACAUAUGCUCCUGAUUCGUUUCUUGGUAGUGUUUAUAAAGAAAACUUAAAGCACAAACAUUUUGACAUUAGAUACUUGCCAGAUUCCCCUCUGAGAGGCAGAAGGAGAGGGCUUUUCAGCCUCUCUGAACUUGUUAAAGAGUCUGUCCCCAGCUCUUCCAUCCGGGUGGUUGUUGCACUUGAGUGAUUACUCUCAUUUUAUGUCUUUUACAUCCACCUCACCACUUCUGAAAUCCAGAUCCCACACAAGCACCCUUUGCCAUUAGGGCACUUUGAAGCACAGAGCAGAAUACAAGCUUACUGAAUACAGCUUAUUCUUCUGCUACAUAUGGUUUCAAACAUGUUUGCCAAAAGCUAGGCAGUGGUUAGCUGAAAAGGUCAUACUGCCCCAGGGCUAUACUGAAGCAGCUUAUAGCAAGUAAGAAACAGGAUGACAGACUUGAACUCACAUUUGAAUUUCUUACUAGGACUGGGGCGAGAAUAUGCCUGAUAGUUUCUAUAUGAUAUUUAGUUCUAGUGGCCCAAGCUCUGGGAACUGCUGUGCUGGGGUGGAGUUGUAACAACCUGCAUUUAAAGAGUCCAUUUAGGCAUCAUAAGCUAUCACGUGGCAAAGCUAGUAAGGCCCUAACCUUAUAACCUUAAAAACACAAUCCCUGAGAGCUUGUCAGAACCCAGUGUGUUGGAGCCUCCCACUUUGUCUCUCCUUUGAAGUAGAUGGGAACUCAAGGAGCAAAGAACCUGUUUCCGAAGAAAGCUCCAGGCCAUUUCUGCCCUCUGUGUUCUCAUGAUUUUCUCUCAGGAAACACACUUUGAAUGGCAGAAUUUUCAUUUUGCCCCAGGUGACAUACUAAAAAUAGUUCAAAAUAUUCACCUAAGACCAGAAUCUCAGCCUUUUAGUUUUAGAUGAAAAUGAAAAUUUUGGAAUGCACAGGAUGUUAAUAUCUUAAAUAAAACAUGUACCUUUUCUUUUGUUUGUUUUUUGUUUCGGUACGCGGGCCUCUCACUGUUGUGGCCUCUCCCGUUGCGGAGCACAGGCUCCGGACGCGCAGGCUCAGCGGCCAUGGCUCACGGGCCCAGCCGCUCUGCGGCAUGUGGGAUCUUCCCGGACCGGGGCACGAACCCGUAUCUCUUGCAUCGGCAGACGGACUCUCAACCACUGCGCCACCAGGGAAGCCCAAACAUGUACAUUUUAAUAGAGAAACUUAUGGUCUGACUCCAGAAUGUGAUACUCUCCAUCCUGAUGGAAAAAACAAAUAUUACCAAACUUUUGAAUCUUAAAUCAUGUAUUUAAAUUACGUUUUUAACUAACUAUAGCUGCUUCUCUUAAAAGUGGUACCUGUAAAAGUCAGUAAUGGUAAUUCUCAUUUCUUAAUGGAAAUUAAAUCAUGUAAGCUUCCUAAUAUCAUAAACAUUAAAAUUCUUCUCUCUAAAGAAUUACUUCUUUUUUUAAGUGACAACUUUACUGUAAUUUUUAUGAUAAGCACAUGAGAGUGUCUCACAUUUUCCAAAAACAGGCCUGUGUUGCAUAGGUGGGUCUAGGAAAGAAUAAUGUUGAAAGUUAGUAAGCCACUGUAAUUACUUGUGUUAGUACAGUUUCUUGGAAAGAAAAUAUUGAAAUAUGAUAAAUUCCUAGAUAUUGAUAGAAUUCAAAAGAAUGCAUAAAGACAAAAUGAUGUCUUUAUAAAAAAUAAAGAUGUGAUUUCUAAAUCUUUAAAAACCAUGAGACACUAGGCAAUGGAUAGAGGAAAUUCUGGAGAAAAUGAAAGUAUUCAAAGAAGGAUAGUUUCAAAGUUAUGUAUAUUUUGAAGGGUAUAUAUUUUAUUAACAUGUAUUGCAAGAAUUUAUAUUCAAGUCACCUGGCAACUAUGAACUUAAUAUGGGCAAAAACAAAUUUUAUGGAAAAGUCACUCCAAACAGUUACCAUUUCAAAGGUUGAGCUAAUCAUACUAAACCAUCCCUAUUCCUUCCUCAUUUCAUGGAAGGAAGCAGCCAUGUGAAGCUACACUUGUUAUGCAAGCCUAAAAAUGUUUGUUGUAAAAAAAAAAUAAAUUUUUUAAAGGUGUGUUUCCUAUGUCACCAGGAUUUUUGAAAACUUGUGAAACCCAAACCAUUUAUCAUGUGCAUUCAGUACAUUCAGAUGUAUGAUUAGGAAGAUAAUUACAUGUUCCUUCCCCACAGUGGAAAAACUUCUCAAGGCUACCAAAAACCUGUCAAGCAGUGUAAGUCCUCAGAUAAUUAGUAGUGGUGUUUUCCUCAAAAGCAUAAGAAAAUAGCAUUUUCAUUUUUUAUCAAUGCAAUUUUCAACCUGGUUUUGUUACAUAUCUAUAUCUCAAGCAUUUCUAACUUGUACUUUUUCAGAAAAUAAACCAAAAAUAUUCCUUUGGCCUUUUCCAUCUUCUGACCUUUGUUAACAACAAAAAAAUGGAGAAAGAGGAGGGGUCUGAUUUUUACAUGUUUUUCGCGAUUAGUUGUAUGUUUUCUUUAAUGAAGUGCAAACCAGCUUUUCAAAAUGUUUUCUAUUUCUUAGCAUUCCCAGGGAGUUAAUUUAGAUAAAUGAAUGGACUUCCAUCAACAUAUUUAUGUUUCCUUGAUACUGGUGCUCUGGCCUUGAAGAAGAAAACAAGACUCUCCUGAAAAUAAAUACAGGUUUUUUCCAAGCAUCUGUUUAAAUACUAUUACAGCAAUUUGAACUUAAUAUGGUAGGAAAGGGAGGCGGAUUUUCUUUGAAAUGUCUGUUUUAAAAUUCACACUGUCCUAAGGGGUGAACUUUCUUGUUUUAUUCUAGUAUAUUCCACAAGGUGGCACUUUGAAGCAGGGUGUGGAAUCUGAGCAAGGCUUCUACCUUUAUUUUUCUGCACACAUUUAACUCUUGCCUAGCGCUUGUUUUUCAGGAUGAUUAAUAAUCUUCACAGUGUUCUGUAACUCAGAUAUUUUAGUUGUUAGCUAAGUUCUGAACAAUUGUCUGCAAGUAAAUUGUUCUUGAGGAUGAAUAAUACACCUAUUUUGAUUAUUUUAGUGUAUAAAGAGAGCCUAGUCAUUCAUUUGGUCAUGAAACAUUUUUUGAGGUAACUAAUUACCUCACUUUUCUAGGUGCAAAGUUACAAAGAUGGACAUGCUUAUUACUCAAAAGGCAACACUCAUCUGUGAAGAGGAUAGUUUUGUUAGGAGUGUUAAGCUCCUACAGAGGUCCUAGGCAAAAUGCCCAUAGCCCCUGUCACCUGCUUUCACAUUCCCUACCAUGGUGGCUGUUAGGCGAUUAAAUUUAAAAAUACUAAUUUAAAAAAUCAGAUGCAGAAACUAAGUAACGCAUCAGUUACUAUAUAGACAAAACUAUUAUUUCAAAGAAUUGCUAUGCUGAAACAGAGCCCUAAAAUACUAAAAGACCUGGUAAUUUUUACACUUGUAUAGUCACAAGUGUAAAUUCACAAGAAAUUGUAAUUUUUUUAAAUUUUCAGUAAGCAUAUGAGCUAAUAACUUAGUAUAUCUACAUAAGUGUUUGAUUUCUCCGCUUGCGAAGUUCUUUGGCAACUUAUUAUAAAUAUAUAUGUACAUACACUUUUUUCAUACACUUCUGUUUUAAUUCACAGAUCCGCUCAGAGACCCAUUAUCUGCCACAUGAUUUUAGCUAAUUUUAGAAGUCAUUUUCUUUAACAGUGUCACUGAAAUUUAGGAGGAAGGAAAUUGUGUUAUUUUUUCAGAAUUUCCUUAGCACAACCCAACGGAAGGCAGUUUAUUCCUUCUGAGUGGCAGAAACUCCCUAGUGCCUGCUUCACUUUCCUCCGGAGUAGCCAGCGGGCAAGUCUCUGUAAUUCAUACUGAAUCAAAAUACCGCACACACUGGGGGCUGUCAAAUCUUCGGCCUCAUCCCUGUGCUUAAAAUCCCACUGAAGUAUUUAGAUUCCAGUUUAAGCCCCUAAGUGGAAGGCCGAAUUCAAACCUCGAGUUUGUUAUCAGUUGGGCCAGUCUGAACUCUUAUCUGCGCGCGUUCAAAAUUUCCCUCCCACCGAAAGCCUUUCGGGUGCGUUGCGCCGUCGCCCCGCCCCUUUGGCAGUAGAGUGGCAGUGGGCGGAGCUGGCUGGGACCCGCCCGCCGCUCACCUGUUAGUGCCUGAAAUGAUGUACAGACCCGGCGGGAUACUGUCCGAGGUCCAUGUGCCCUGCUGCUGUCUCAGAGGCAUCUGUUCUGCAAUCUUAGGAAGUAAAAUAUCCCUAGAAGCAAACAGGUGUCAUCUGUGCGUAAAUAAGUACAACACAAUUCUCCGAGAGUUCGGGUAUAAAGAGAUGCUGCUCUGUAUGAAGCUAUCUACCAGGCAUCUCUCAAGCUCUAAGCUCAGAUUUUUUUUUUUUUUAAGAGAAGAUGUAUAAUUACAGGAAAGAUUUUUUAUUUUUUUAUUUUCUAUCAUUCUACAUAUAUGAUGGCAAAAGAUAUGCCUGGAAAAGUUUUGUUUGGAAAAUUUGUUUAUUUUCUGCUUCAUCCUCAGUUGGCAAAAGCUCCUAACUCUUUACUUUCUAAUUUCUUUCUCUUUUUUUCUUUGUCAAGUAGUUAAAGGUAUGUGAGCAAAUUAUCUCAUGUGGGAGGGAGACUUUCCUGUUUAGAGGAACCUUUUGUGUGAAUUGUUUUGUCAAACAAGUAACCCCUUCUCUAUUUAAGGAGUUUGGACUGUCAAAUGUAGGUUUUCUUAAAGGGGACACAUAACUGUACAUAACGCUAUAAAGAAUUAUGACUAUAGCACUAAUCAGCAAGCAUAAAGCCACAAGUUAUAUCAUUUCUAACUCCCUGUGGUUUCUAGCCAAAUCCGUUGAAGUGCUUAGGUUACAGUCCUGAAGAGACCUUUCGUACCCUUACUUGAAAGUUUCUAAUAUUAAGUUUUAUGAAAUGCAAUAAUGUGUAUUAGCUAGCAAUAUUUCUGUGAUCACCAGCAACUCCAAAUUUGACCUUGAAGUCUCUGGAUAAUGAAAAUAGAUCCCAGCAGUAAUACACUUCUUGAACACCCCCCCACCAAGUGUAUUAUGUAUCUUUCUUAUUUUGAUCCUGUGUUUGCAACAAAUGUAUACGGGAAUAUUUUAGUUCCUUACUUUGUAUUCAUUUAUUUUCCUAUGACCAGUAAUAAAUAUACUAGUUAGUACAUGGAAUCAGUAGCAUCAGCUACUCCUAGGAUCAGCACUUAACAAGGUGGGAAAUUUCUAUUUCAAGUUGUUCUGCAUUUGCAUAAAUUAUUUCUAUUAUUGUUCAUGUAUAUUAUUUAUUUCUCAAUCACACUAGUCCUGUGAAAGUGCAACAGAAGGCAGACCACAUUAGGAUUUGCAUUAAAUGCUCAUUAUCAUGGUCUUGAUGGAACUAAGAAAAUUAAAAUUAGACUAAGCCCCCAAAUAGCUGCAUGCAUUUUAAUAUGAUUAGUAGAAUUUAAGUCUAGAGAGAUAGUGUUUUUAUGUCUAGGUGUUUUAUCAUUAUGUAAAGGAAUUAAAGCAAAGGACUUUGUAGUUGUUCUUUUGUCAAGUAUGCAUAUACUAUAGUGUGAAAUACAGCAAAACUUAAAACUGCAGGUAGCAAAGCAUCAAAUACUGCCUUAAUUUAGGAACUCUGCCAGGUGGCCCUCAGAAUAGAUGCCAGGCAGAGACAGGUGCCUGGGUGGCGCCUCCUCUUAUCUGGCCUGGAAAAGAAGCUUCCCCCACACCAUCUAGUACCCUUGUAGGUGGUGUGUCCUGUAGUGGGAACAGGUAGCACUGUUGAAAGGAGAGCAGUGUGAGAGGUUUCUGUAGAAGCAGACCUGUCAGCGUGUGCCUUGAGGCUUCCAGAACAUGCCAGGUGGAGAAGUCCAAGUUUCCAUGCUUCAAGCAACUUGGUUUUGUAGAGAAGCAAUCCAGUCUGGUAAGUAAAACAAGGAUUGCGUAUACAGUAGUCAACAGUGGGGUUUUAACAACAGUCCCCAACACCUCAAAAGCUUGUUGCAUUUCUGGUAUUUUAAAUUUUGAUCUGAAGGUUAAAUGGCAAGUGUGUUGUAGAAAAGAGCAGUAUGUGGCAAGAAAAGCACAAUGUCGGUUCCCGUAGAGUGCAGAUUAGAACCAGAGGGUUUUAUAGGCUUAUCAUUUCUGAGAUGUGUAAAAGCACGUUUUCACUGUAAAACGUAUUAAUGUUUCUGCAUUCCUAUAGGGCCUAGUUAAAACUUUAUUCUAGAUUUCAGCAAGGGUGUCACAGCCAGUGAGCUAUUUUUUUGCUUUUUUUUUUACUUAUUUUUAUAGUAGAAGAUAUUUUAAAAGUAGAAGAAAAUCUUAAUUUGGACAUUCGACUUGUUGGUUUCUGUGUUUGAAAUCACGGUUCUGGAGAUGUAGAGAUUGUGCAUGUGCAUGGCAGAUACUAAUCUAGGCUGUGUGAACCAGCCCAGGAUAACUGAUACUCCGCCAGCCUCUGCAUCCUUUCCUCCUUUCCUCUGAAGUGCUCUCUGCCCCCUUUCUGGACUGUCCACGUGCUGCUCUCCAUCCUCCUCUGCUGUACUUUGGGGUCAGGGACAUGAUGAGAGAUGCUUUAGGCAUCCCAGGUAUGCCUGUCCAGGCUUGGCCACCACCCCUACUUGACCUCUGGCUGGCCACAGUCAUGAAGAGAAGGUUCCUGGUGCUGAGCACAGUGCAUGGUCAAGACACCAAUCACAAAUGCCCUCUAGCAUCUUCGUAUAUGUCUUGAUUUUUAAACCAAGUCGUGCUACAGAGCAUUCUGUUUUGGCUGUGGUGCAAAGAAAAAGACUAACCAAGAAUAUAAACCACAUUCCAGGCUGCUGUUUUCUAUCCAUCUACAGGCUAUACUUUUACUGUAUUUCUUCAUACUUGAAAUUCAUUCUGCUAUUUUAAUAUCAGGGUACAGACUUAUAAGGGUGCAUGUUCCUUAAAGGUGCAAAAUUACUCUCAUUCCGUUUGCUUAUAUUGCUACAGAAUGCUCUGUUUUGGUGCUUUGGGUUCAGCAGGUCAAAGAAGCAGUGUGGAAAUUGACUGCCUGGAACACAGUCUUACAAGAAUGCUGGCAGAUGGCUUGGUGUUAGAUAUUGCUUCUGCUUUUUUCUCUGUACACAAGAUUGAGAGUUACCACACUGGUCUGUCAGGUUCACCUGGGUAUCCUUCCUCACAGGGUCCAUAAACCCUGUGCUCUCCCCAAGUGUGGGUGUGAUGCCGCUCUCUGAAAGCAGGGAUCUUCCUACAUAUCCAGAUCUUUUACCCCUCAAAGAAAAAUGACCUCGUGUGCAGACAGGAGGAAAAUGGGAAGAGCCGUCUCACUCUAGCGACCAUCCAUGUAGAAAGCCCUCCUGAGGCCAAAAAGAAAGAAAAGGAAAAAAAAGAAAGCUGACCUGUAAAGUUACCCUCCUCCUAGGGUCCUGACCUGAGUGAUCUUGCUUCCUUACUUAUAGGUAGAUGAAAAUAUAGGUCAGUUUACCUAGGCUCUUCCCGCCUGAAGAGAAAAAUAGAAAAGUAGGUAUUUGUGUCACGUGAAAUAUGUAAUCCAAGGACCAUCAAAACUUACAUUAAAUACCCCAUUGCUAGCAAUCAGUUUUACCAAUUAGCUCAAGUAAGUGAUGCUUGAUGACCUGGGGUUUCUGAGGGCAGAGGUAGCUCUUCUAGCAUGCACCUUACUCUUAAGACUUGUUUGGAGAGGGAGAACUACCAGUGGUGACUGUGACAAUGGAAAAGGUAACAUGUCAGAAAAUUCAGAGGGUUAUAGGUCAAGAAUCCUUUGGAAACUGGAUGUCUUACUGGGUGCUAGGAUGCAAAUUUAGGUGUUUAUUGUCAGAUAAUGGAAUUCAUUGUUUUUUAAGAAUUAGUGUUGAAAUGUCAUUGUCCAGUUCAUUGUUUUCACUUAUGCACAAGCUAAAUUGAAGCAAAAAGAGAAAAUGGUUUGUGUAUUUGUCAUACCUUUUGAACUUCUUACAAUAAAACUGUUGGUAGCAAAUAAAAAUAAUAAAAACAGCAAUUUUAACCUGC